UGGCCUGUGGACCCUCUGGUAAAAGGCGGUCCCCGGCCGAGAGGGGGGGAGAAAAGAGAGAGGGGGGGUCUCGGAGGCCAUAGGACUCGGGUGAAGAUGGCGGCAGCCGAGGCCGCGAACUGCAUCAUGGAGAAUUUUGUAGCCACCUUGGCUAAUGGGAUGAGCCUCCAGCCGCCUCUUGAAGAAGUUUCCUGUGGCCAAGCAGAAAGUAGUGAAAAGCCCAAUGCUGAGGACAUGACAUCCAAAGACUACUACUUUGACUCCUAUGCCCACUUUGGCAUCCAUGAGGAGAUGCUGAAGGAUGAGGUGCGGACCCUCACAUACCGCAACUCCAUGUUUCACAAUCGGCAUCUCUUCAAAGACAAGGUGGUCCUGGAUGUGGGCUCCGGCACCGGCAUCCUCUGCAUGUUCGCUGCCAAGGCAGGGGCUCGCAAGGUUAUUGGAAUUGAGUGUUCCAGUAUCUCCGAUUAUGCUGUGAAGAUUGUCAAAGCCAACAAGUUAGACCAUGUGGUGACCAUCAUCAAAGGCAAGGUGGAGGAGGUGGAGCUGCCUGUGGAGAAGGUGGACAUCAUCAUCAGCGAGUGGAUGGGCUACUGUCUCUUCUAUGAGUCCAUGCUCAACACUGUGCUGCACGCUCGCGACAAGUGGCUGGCACCCGAUGGCCUCAUCUUCCCAGACCGUGCCACCCUGUAUGUGACAGCCAUUGAGGAUCGACAGUAUAAAGACUACAAGAUCCACUGGUGGGAGAACGUGUAUGGCUUUGAUAUGUCCUGCAUUAAAGACGUGGCCAUCAAGGAGCCCCUGGUGGAUGUGGUGGACCCAAAGCAGCUGGUCACCAAUGCCUGCCUCAUAAAGGAGGUGGACAUCUAUACAGUCAAGGUGGAGGACCUGACCUUCACCUCCCCCUUCUGCCUGCAAGUGAAGAGGAAUGACUACGUGCAUGCACUGGUGGCCUACUUCAACAUAGAAUUUACCCGAUGCCACAAGAGGACCGGCUUCUCAACCAGUCCUGAGUCCCCAUAUACACACUGGAAGCAGACUGUGUUCUACAUGGAGGACUAUCUAACAGUGAAGACUGGCGAGGAAAUCUUUGGCACCAUUGGAAUGAGGCCCAACGCCAAAAACAAUCGUGACUUGGACUUUACCAUCGACCUGGACUUCAAGGGUCAGCUGUGUGAGCUCUCUUGUUCCACCGACUACCGGAUGCGCUGAGGCGGUGCCAGGCUGGCCCUCUUGCAGAAGGGGGCUCAGGGGGGCUGGGCUUGGGGGAUGGGAGGGUACAUCGUGACUGUGUUUUUCAUAACUUAUGUUUUUAUAUGGUUGCGUUUAUGCCAAUAAAUCCUCAGCUGACCAUGCCA